AUGGACAAAUGUAUCAUUUUUAAGUCCUUAUUGUUAUUUUUGUUGUUAUGUUACGGAAAGAAAUUCAUAGACGCAAAUGAAAGCCAAAAAACCAAAGUAUUAUCGCAACAAGACUCUUCUACAAGUUUAUCGCAAAAACAAAGUUUAAGUUUUCCUCAUGCUCAUUUAAAUUCUAAUCAGAGCGCUGGAUCGUCCUCAACUACUUUUAGUUUGGUUGAUGACGAUGAACCUCGAGAGGCAGCACCUAGGGGUGGUUCAACAUCAGGACCAAAUCCACAGCCCAGGCAACGAGUGUCUCAAACAGGAGGGUCUCAAGGUGCUCCAAAACAAGUAACAAUAUCACUCGAUGACGACGAAGAUAUGAAGCCUCAGGCUCAAAAUCAAUCUCAACCUCAAGGACAACCACAGGCACAAGCUACAAGACAGGUCAAAGCUGUCCCCGUUGAUGCAUCUGCUUCCUCUAGCCCGCAGCCUAGACAACGAGUGGCUCAAACUGGAGCCUCUCAAGGUGCUCCAAAACAAGUUUCAAUAUCACUCGACGAUGACGAAGAUAUGAAACCUCAGGCUCAAAAUCAAUCUCAACCUCAAGGACAACCACAGGCACAAGCUACAAGACAGGUCAAAGCUGUCCCCGUUGAUGCAUCUGCUACCUCUACCCCGCAGCCUAGACAACAGCCACCAAAACAAGGUCCGGCUCCAGAUCAGGGCUCAAGGCAAAUUAAAGCCAUUCCGGUUGCAGCAGCUCCAAUCGGCAAUCAACCUAAACAACAGACUCCAACUGCAACUGCAACUCCAUCUGCAACUGCCUCUCCUUCUACAAGUUCUCCUCAAACCAUUAAGUUUUUGAGUGAUACUGACUCAACAACUGAUGCGGAAAGCGGGACGGAUAUUGACCUUCACGAUACUCACUCUCCUGCUAGUCCCACUGAAGCUAAGGCUCAACAGGAUUCCAAGGCUGAUAAAGGAACGCGAGACCCAGUACCCCAACCUGAAGCACCUUCUAAAAAACCAAUUGUUAAGCCGUCGAGAAUUGAUACUAUUGCCUCAGCUCCACUCGAAUCUGAUGCUGGAAGCGAUAUAGACCUCUCAGUUCCAAGUCCUCCAGCGCAACCCCAAGCUCAAGUCCAACAGGCACAGCCACAGGCCCGUCCUGCUCAACAGCCUCAGCCUCAAUCAAGUCCACUGCAACCUCAAGCUCAAGUCCAACAGCCUCAGGCACAGGCCCGUCCUGCUCAACCUCAAGCUCAACAGCCGCAGGCUCAAGCAAGUCCACCGCAACCUCAAGCUCAAGCACAGGCCCGUCCUGCUCAACCUCAAGCUCAACAGCCGCAGGCUCAAGCAAGUCCACCGCAACCUCAAGCUCAAGUCCAACAGCCUCAGGCACAGGCCCGUCCUGCUCAACCUCAAGCUCAACAGCCGCAGGCUCAAGCAAGUCCACCGCAACCUCAAGCUCAAGUCCAACAGCCUCAGGCACAGGCCCGUCCUGCUCAACCUCAAGCUCAACUGCCCCAGGCUCAAGCAAGACCAGCGCAACCUCAAGCUCAUCCACAAAUAGCCGCUCAAUUUCAACCAAACAGGCUUAACAUUUCAGAACCUGUCGAAAUUACAACUUCCACGCCAACAAAUCUAAUUUCUGUAAACGACCGAACCAAAUUUUCUUUCGAAGAGUACACGUAUGGGUUCCUGUUUAAGUUCACCAACAAUAACAGAUGCGUGGAACUUAAAUACGGAGGUAAGGAGGUAUGGAAAUACAGCGCAAAUCCUGAAAACGUUUAUCCUAAGUCUAUAUGUUUGCGUAAAGACACCCCUGUGAUUCUGUUCGAGUUCGAAGGCUGCUACUACCUCUACGGGUGCGUAGAAAACAAGUUCAAGUUCAUACACUACGACGAGUUCUAUGCCGUGUACAACAAGAUAAAAGUGAUUACUCAGCACUACGGACAAUUGUACACCAACAACUCCAAGGCCUACGACGUCAUUCACUACGGCCUGAUGUUUGAGUACAGAUUUAAGCACAACCACCUGUGCACGGAGGUAAAGUACAACGAUAAGGUGGCCUGGAGCUAUGAUAACCUUCUAUACGGAGACAACUUCCCAACGGUUCUCUAUUUCGAUGUAAUUUCGCCGAUCAUCAUGAGUGUUUUCAUUCAAAAUACUCCGCACGUUUUUAUCAAUCACAACGAUGAGUGGAAGAGCCCUGAGGAGGUUAUGAAAAUGCAGGACGCGCCAGUUCUGCCGUCUACCUUGCCAGCAACACCCAGUUCUCCUUCCCUAAAGUCGAUUCCUCUGGCUUCCUCCGGUAAAACAAUUGAAAUCGUCGAUUCUGAAUUGGAAGGUCCGGCCUCGGUUGCCCCUCCUCGAUCGACACACGAUCUACCAGACACAGAUGUUGGAAGUGACAUUGAAUUGGCUGAUUCUGCGUCCGUUAUACAGACUCCAAAACCAGCUGAGCCUAGAAGGCAAAGAGCGCCAUUCAUAAAGCCUGUUCAAGUACAACAACCUACCACAACUACUGCAUUCGACGAAGACGGCGUAGAUUUAAAUCUCACUGGCGACAUUGAGGUUACAGAGUUGCGUCGUCCUACUCGGCCCAAACGAGACCCGGAAGAGGGUGAUUUCGAUGAAUUCCUCCUAGAGCCUAAAGACCUCGACGAAGACACACUCUUUGUACACAGGCAGCCUGUUAAACUAGUGUCCCUCGACAUCCAAGAUACGCAAACGACGAGAUUCAUCAAUUACUCCUACGACGUAAUCACGAAAACGCAUAUUUAUACGCCCAAACCGUCAUAUUCCAUUAGUGAAGUGAAGAUGGACGACUACGUCUUUUGGAAGGCGACCAACGAUAAUUACGGCUUUGGAGUCAUUUUUAUCGAAAACUUGAACAAUAAGCCGUUUCUUAAGGUGUUCAUUCCCGAAAAGGAAGACCUCGCGGACGAAGAAAAGGCACAAAUUAUUGAGAAAGAGAUCUUUGAGCGUACGGGUCAAAAGCCCAGUGGACCACCCGAAGCAGACGACGUCUUGAUUCCUCUUGAAGCGCCAGCUUCUGAGCAGGAACCUCACGAGCAAGAGGACUCAACCCAAAAGAAAAUGCCAAUUCUGGUCGAUAUUAAGAAGAAGGACUCGACAGAGCAGUACGAGUACUCGAAAAGGAAUUCAGAGUGUGGUAUGUACACGCCGAAGCACAACUUCAUAUUCAAGCUGGUUAAGGCCGGACGCAUGAUCGGCUCUGACGUGGAGAUUUGGUGCCCAGAGUCAGAAGAUGAGUACGUUUCCAAGGUCUUCAUCGAUCUGAUCGGCAUCCUGUCGAACACGUUCAACGUGACGCUCUUCCUCGUCAACGGGAACGUGAAGCACUUCACGCUCCUUAACGACAGGUGGAUUGAGGUGGACCCGGCAACGCUGCUUGACAUCUCGAAGACGCAAUCCACCUACGAGUACGAUGUUGCAAAGGACGAAAGGAAUGACAUUGUCACAUUCACGCCGAGGGGACACUUCCUGUUCAAGGGAGUCAAGAGGACCCAGGGACUAACUGGACUUAACAAGUCAGUCGUGGACAUUUGGAACGCCAUGAGCAAGUGCGACUUCGCAAGGAAGGCAGUCGUCAAGAGCACCAAAAAAGCGGAAAAGUACCUUCUCCUGUACCUCAUAGGCGGAGGCUACAAGUUGUUCUAUAGGUCGCACAAGGGAAAAAUUUGGCGUGACGAGUCCACGAACCUGUCCUCUUUUAACAACCUCAAGACGUACGGAAUCGACCUCGACCAGGAGUCAAUGGACAAGGUCGUCACCGACAAGUACCUGUCGCUGCGUAUGACCGACGGCCUGAAGAUUCCUGUCACGCUCAACAUCGAUAACAAGAAGAACACCAACGAGUUCUACUACUUGGUCAACGGCCCUAUCGUGUCGUACGUCCCGAAACACAACAUCGUGUUCGACAACGUGGUCUUCAAGUCAAACGUGUUCGACGUCGCGAUUUGGAACGCAGCGGACGCAUACCAGUACGCCUACAGAGUGGUGAUGGGAAACAACCCCUGGAACCCCUACAAGAAGAGAAGCAUGGCCCUGAUUCUCCUCAACGGCAACUUCACGUUCUUCGAAGAGUUCGAGGACUACGUCGACUGGAGAAACACUACGGACACGCGCUACUCGCUCCUGAACCUUAAGAUGUACACUAUGGGCCGGGACAUGAACGGCCGAUACAGGCAAAUUGAGUCGGGCGAGUUCAAGAUUAACUCCCUGGCAUUCCUCUACGGGUACACCUUCAACCCUGGCGUCGAGUGUCUGGAAAUCAGGUACCGCAACCUCCCGAUCUGGAAGUACAGCGACAACCCGCGCGGAGGCUUCCCGAGAGGGAUCUACCUGAACAUCGCGAACAACGGCUUCUACAUCAAGUACUUCGACCGCUGGAUGUUCGUGGACAUGGACAUUGCGAGAGCCAAGUACGCUAAAGCGACCCCAACGGUCCUGAAGACGCAGCCUGAGACCCCGAAAACUUACGCCCUCUCGUGCCCGCUUCUCGUGACCAACAUCAGAGUGACCACGAUGAUUGGAGAUAAGCCCUUCGUGCACAACCUGACUCACUUCACCCUGCUCGAAGGAUACCUCGUGUCGACCUUCGACUUCAUCGAAAAACUGAUUAAGGUCGAGUACGCCGAUAAGAUCGUGUGGAAGCACAAGAUUAUAAGGUAUGGAACGCGCUACCCUAAUAAACUCUACUUUGACCACCUGGGCUACCUAAUAGUGUCAUUCACUGACAACUGGUACUACGUCUACGAGUACAGCGUCGAAAUGUGGAAAAUCGUAUGCAAAAACGAAAUUGAUAAGCCGGACGACCUGCCUGGAAUGGCGAUAAUUACGGACGAAGUGCAGCCCCUCUUGAAUGAACACCCAUCUUUCCAAAUCCCUUCUAUGCCAGAACCUCCUGAGGAUGUUGAGCAGCAGCACAUUAACUUCCAAGCCGAAGUGCACAGACCAACUCAACCACCAGUGAACUUAGUGCCACCGGCUGACAAAAGCCUAAUCACACUGGACCUGCAAGUGUUAUCAGACGACAGAUAUGAAAUUUCCUACUCGGAAAACAAAGUUGUUUACAGAGCCAGGGCUCCCAAUUUGUUCCGCAUGGUUAAGAGCGGCAAUGAUAUUCUAUGGCAGGCAAGCCGAAACGAAUAUCCCUAUAAAGUAAUUUACAAGGAGGUGGACGGCAAGGAUAAGCUGAAGGUGUUUUUCCCAACAGACGAGAGUCCAAUUCUGGGAAAAAUAAGAAGCGAACGACGAUAG